AUGUCUAAUAUUUCGGAUCUUCGAUCGAUUUGUGUAUUUCCGAAUAUCGGAUUUGAAUAUCCAAGUCGAAACGGAUUGUAUAUCAAAUAUCAACUAUGUCAGUUUUCAGAUAUCAAAUAUCAACUAUUUCAUUCCCAUAAGCUUGUAUUAGCAAGUGUUGAAUUGGAGAAACCAAAUCAUCAAAAAAGUUCAGUCGAAUUAGGUUUUAGAUAUGAAACACAUUAUUUCCCAACCAGUGAUUAUAUUGAAAAUAAUCAAAUUGAAAAUCAGAUAAAUUGGGCAGAUUAUGGAUUAGCAGGUGAAGGAUUAGAAGGUGUGAAUUACACAAAUAAUAAUGCUGAUGAGCUUAACAAUAAUGGAAGAAGAAAUAAUGGUGAUCAGGAUAAUGAUGAUGAACAGAAGAAAAACAAGAAGAAGAAAUCAUCCCAUAAAGAAAUUGAGCGUCAAAGAAGACAGGAAAUGUCUGGACUUUACUCGGCUCUUCGUUCUCAGCUUCCUGCUGAAUAUAUCAAGGGAAAGAGAUCGGCAAGUGAUCACAUAGCAGAAGCAGUAAAUUACAUAAAGGACUUAGAGAAGAGUGUAAAAGAGCUUUCAAUUAGAAGAGAAGAGCUAAGAGCAAGCCCAGAAUGGGCUAAUCCUACAUAUCAUGUAGGUGGAUCUACAAAUUCUGCAUCACGUCCUGGAAGUGUUAUGAUUAAUCCACGUAUGGGUGGGCUUGGAAUACAAAUUGAUGUUCCAUAUGAACAUGAUCAAAGUUUCUCUUUAUCAUCUGCACUCCAUGUUCUUUAUGAGGAAGGACUAAGUGUUUCUAGUUGCACAUCAACUAAUGUCAAUGACAGAAUCAUUCAUAAUAUAAUCUGCCAGGUGAUGGACAUGACUAGCAUAAAUUUCAGUUGGCUUGAGCAGAGAUUAAUUAAUCUUGUUUCCUAAACAAGUUAUUUCAUUAAGUACGGUGCUGAUCUGAUGUGGGAGAAUAAUUGGGAAAAUCUGAGAAGGUACUGGAAAGUUCAAGCUCAGGUUCGUGAAGAAGUAUAUGUUU